UGAAUCAGCAAAGUUUACACACAUAUAUGUAUGUGGAAAAACAAGUCCGACAUCGUGGCCAUGCGUUUAGUGUUAUGAUGGCAAACGUCGUGUGAAGUUGCAGCUUUGGCAAAAUUUUGCUACAAUUACAGUGGGAAAGUUUACAGAAGGCGAGAUUAUCACACAACGAUGACUAGUGAUUCUAGUAGCUCCGAAUCGGAGAAUGAACUUCGAACCACGGAUCGUCAUCCAAUGAUUGAAUUUAUCGAGCUGUACGAUAGAAAACACAAGGUGACAGAAGUGGAAAUUCCUAUUCCUUAUGGAAAACUCGCCGGAAAGUGGUUCGGUCCGAAAAACCUAAGGCCCAUCGUAUGUCUCCAUGGAUUUCAGGACAACAGUGGCACCUUUGAUCGAUUGAUUCCAUUAUUGCCCGAGGACGUCAGUUUUCUAUCGAUUGACUUUCCUGGUCAUGGUCACUCUUCGCGAGUUCCGGAUGGAAUGAGCUACAAUCAGUUUGAUUACGUCGUUCUACUACUGUAUAUUAUGAAGGAGUAUAAUUGGGAUAAAAUAUCUAUUAUGGGUCAUUCGAUGGGAGCUCAAAUAGGCUUUGUAUUCACGGCACUAUUUCCGGGAAAAGUAGAAUUUCUCAUACAAAUAGAUGCACUGAAACCGUUAAGCUAUUAUCCAAAGCAUCUACCAAACUACGGUGCAAUAAUGGUGACAAAGUUCAUCGAAGCAGAUGUCAGAAACCGAGAACUGUCAGAACCACCUUCCUAUACUUACGAAGAGAUGAUCGAAAAACUUCAUGAGGCGACUUUCGAAUCAUUAUCGAAAGAAACCUGCCCAUACAUUUUGCAACGAAAUAUUAAACAUUCCAAAAAAUUCCCGGGAAAGUAUUACUUCGACCGAGAUAAUAAAGUGAAAUAUAUGCAAAUCAUAGGUUGGUCAGACGCCGUUAACCAUGAAUUAGCAAGGCAUGUCAAGGUACCCCAGCUAAUGCUGAAAGCAACGCAAUCGCCCUAUCGCGGUUCCAGAGAAGGAUUCGACGAUAUGGUAGCUGUACUACAGAAGCAUAACCCAUUAUUUGAACUACAGUAUGUGAAUGGUUCGCACCACAUUCAUCUAACCGAUCCAGAAUUGGUAGCACCGGUGAUAACGGAGUUUUUGAAAAAACACUGGGUGGGACAUUUUGAUAAAAUUGUUAGUAAAUUAUAAUUAUUUUAAUAAAUCAUGAAGAUCGAGUGGUUGGGAUAACAUAA